AUGACAUCCACCACCCUCACCGACCCGCCACCACCAUCGCCAACCAGGACCGCCGCCCUACCAUCGCCGAAACCCCCCUCCCUUCUCUUCUUCUCCCCACUUGCUCCACUCCACUACCCUUCUCCCCCACUGCCGUGCCGCCCCGUCCCUGAGCAGCCUAGCACCGCCGCCACCGCCCAGGACCUCCGGCUGACCAUCACCAACCCCAACCCUUCCCCCCUCGCCUCUUCUUCUCCUCCCCUCCCCUAUAACCCCCCUUCAGCCCCAAACCUCCACUGCGGCGCCACCCUGCCUCCACCGAACUGCCGCCGUGCCGCCUCCCAGUGCCGACACAUCACCACCACCGCCAUCCCUCUGAUUUCAUACUCUACACCUCUGCCCACCAGGAUGCCUGACCCUAAAAGUAAAGAAAAGGGUAAAGCAACCACUGGCAAAAGGAAAAAAGGGGAAUCCUCUACCUCUAUAUUGGAUAUCCUUCAUGACGAUUCCUGGCGGGAGAAGAACUUUAACCCGCAGGAAAAGGCCGAUCAGCUACUGCCUGCCACAGACCCAGCAAAGUUUACCAACAGAUACUGUGAGCUAAAAGUCCAUGUCAGAGGCACCCUCCCAUUUCCAUAUUUGAUCACUCAGUUGGGCCGCCGAGCUGAGGUGCCCUGGGAGCUAGCAGAUGAGAAGCCCACCACCGUCGACUGCAAGAAGAUCAUCCCUCACAUUAGGAAGUUUCAAGCUUUGGGCUACAGACCUUCAUUUCUCACUGCCUCUGCUAAAGCAGCCACAUCUUCCGCUGCCCCUUCAUCUACUAUUGCACCAGCCACCACCACAAUACAGCCGGCGGAUCCAGAGAUCCCUCUGCAGACAGAGCCUCCACUUCAGCAGGCAUACCCUCCGAAACUCAUACAGACUGCAUAG